GCCCCUUUAGUCAUCCGUGUUUUGUGCUAGUGAUCUUUCUGUUGCACUCUUUCUGUGAUCAUAAGCCUCGCUAGUGUAUCUGGACACGGACGCGCGGUUACACGCAGCGCGUUCUCAGCCGCCUCGCGAACGCGCUGUUAGCGUCUGCUAGCAUAUACCUGUUUACUGCAGUAAAACCACUCCUGAUGGACUGACAACGCAGUGUCACUGUUUCCAGAGGCUACGCAGCUCUUUUGGUGAAGGGCUAUGGCGCAUCAGCUCUCCCUGGAUGCUCGAUCCCCCCGAGCCGUCCCGCUCACGGAUCACGACUCUGGAGUGGAAGAUGGAGACGAUGGCUCCAGCAGCCCUACCACAAGCUCCACGAUCUAUGUUGCUUUCAAAGGGAACAUGAAUGAUGAGGACUUUCAGGAGAAGCUGGAUAACAUCUUACACGGGAUGCCAGAUAUGCUCUUACUAGGUACUAAGAAGCUCGAACCCGAGCGCGUGGAGCCGUGGAACAGCGUACGCGUCACGUUCAACAUCCCCCGAGAGGCAGCCGAGCGACUGCGCCUUUUGGCUCAAAACAACCAGCAGCAGCUGCGUGAUCUGGGCAUCCUGUCUGUGCAGAUUGAAGGUGAAGGAGCCAUUAAUGUUGCGGUUGGACAGGGCCGAAGUCAAGAAGUAAGAGUGAAUGGACCCCUUGGCGCACCUGGUCAGAUGAGAAUGGAUGUUGGAUUCCCCAUGCAGCAGGGCCAGGCUGGAAUACGUAUGAACAACCCUUCGGUGUCCAUGAUGCCUCCUGGGGCUAAUAUGGCAGCGCAGGGAAUGGUACCGAAUAGUGGGGGACCAAUGCAGCCAAGAGCACCAAGGCCACCUUCACAGACAGACACAAUGGAUCCCAUGCUUUCAGGGCUAGCCUUACAGCAACAGCAACAACAACUUCAACAUCCGCAAGUGGGACAUGGUCCGCUUGGUAACUUAGGCCCACAGGGACAUCACAUGCAAGCCAUGCAAGCAAACAGGCAACUAAAUCCUGCAGCCAUACAGCAACUUCAGCAACAACAACAGCAGCACCAACAACAGCAGGUUCAGAUGGCUCAACUAGGUGGUGCACGUGGUCCUUUCAACCCCUCCAACCAGAUGCCUGUACCUCCUGGCUGGAACCAGUUGCCCUCUGGUGUUCUCCAACCACCACCUGUCCAAGGUGCAAUGGGACCAGGUUGGAGGAAAGCCCCACCACAGCCACAAAUGGGGCAGCGUCAACCCUCUUUGGCAUCUGUUCAGACGCCCAGUCAUCCACCACCACCAUAUCCAUUUGGAAGCCAACAGGCUGUUCCGCCUUUCAGUGCACACAUAGCACCGCAUCAGUUGCAACAGCAGCAGCAGCAGACAGUGCCAAACCAGUUUGUAACCCCUCAGCCCAAAGGCCCUCAAGGAGCACCAGGUGUAGUUGUCUCAAGAGCACCUCCUCCUAUGCCUCCAUCUUCUGCCCCUCAGGGAAAUCUCACAGCUAAGUCCCCUGGUUCGUCGUCAUCUCCUUUCCAACAGGGCUCACCUGGAACACCUCCGAUGAUGGGACAGGGACAGGGCCAGCUUGGUCCACGUCCCACAACACCCCAGGGUUUCCCACAGGGUGUUGGAUCUCCCGGAAGAGCUGUGAUGGGCCAGCAAGGAAACAUUCAGCCUGGCUUUAUGGGUAUUCCACAACAUGCACAGGUUUCACAAGGUGGAAUGGGAGGUAUACCUAAACGAAUGCCAAUGGGGUUCCCAAAUGCCCCUGUUAAUCAGAACUUUGGACAAGGACAAGUUACUACCACUGGAGCAGGUGGUACACCCCAACUACAAAAUAGUCAGAGCAUGGCAAAUGCUGGUGUCCAGUCAUCAGCCUCAGCGCCAAACCACAUGCAGGCAAAUCCCCUUCAAGGUGCUGGAAUGACCCACCACAGUGGCAUGCCAGCCCAACCCCCAGGCACCACCUCAGGUGGUAGUAUGGGUCAACCUCAGCAAGGUCUUCAGACUCAAAUGAUGGGUGUACCACAAUCACAACAUCAAACACAGGUUGUAGCCUCCACACAGAGUCAAAUGGUACAAAGCCAAACAGGGGGGCAGACUGUUUUGUCCAGGCCAGUAAAUGCUGGUCAGCGAGGAAUGACCCCUCCCAAGCAAAUGAUGCCACCACAAGGUCAAGGGAUCAUGCAGAACCAAAACCAGCUUGGUGGAGGACCAGGACAUCAGGCAUUAUUGCUUCAGCAGCAGCAACAACAACAGCAGCAGCAGCAACAGCAACAACAACAACAACAGCAGCAGCAGCAGCAACAACAGCAGCAACAGCAAAAUGCUAUGAUGGAACAUAUUGUAGCUAGUCAGAUACAGGGUAACAAGCAGGCCUUUGGCCCAAAAGGUCAACCUGGGGUAAUGCAAGGCCAGAUGAUGAGAGGUCCUUCACCCAAUGUUCAAGGUAAUUUGCCACAAUUUCAGUCUCAGAUGGGUCAGCAACAGAUGACUCCACAACAGCAUCAACAACAACAAAUGGCUCAUUUGCAACAACAGCAACAAAUACAACAACAGCAACUACAGCAACAGCAGUUACAACAGCAACAACUACAGCUGCAACACCAGCAGCCGCAACAAUCUCAAAUGCAGCAACAACAACAGCUACAGCAACCCCAUCAGCAAAUGGUACAACAACAGCCUCAACAGAUUCCAAUGAAUGGCAACCCCAACCAAGCAUUAGGGAUGCAUGGCCCUCAAAUGCGACUUCAAGGAAAUCAUCACUUAGUACAACAACAGCUUCAGCAAAAACAACAGCAACAGCAGGUGAUGCUGCAGCAGCAGCAGCAACAGGCUGCUCAGCAGCAUCAACACCAGUUAGGAGAUAGUAGUGGAAAUGCUGAUAUCAACCAGCAGAUGGUUCCAGACCUGCAGAAUCAGCAACAACAACAGGGUAUGUUGGGGAGUUCCCAACAUUUACAGGUUGGCAAUGGCCAUUUUCCUGGCCAUGGCAUGCCCUUCAAUCCGCAGUUUGCUGGUCAGAUGCCAAUAGGAGGCCCGUGUGGGCAAGGUGCAUUUCCAGUGAACAAGGAUGUGACACUAACCAGUCCCUUGUUAGUAAAUCUUCUCCAAAGUGACAUUUCUGCCAGCCAGUUUGGUCCUGGUGGGAAGCAAGGAACAGGUGCGGUUGCUGCUAACCAGGCCAAGCCUAAAAAGAAGAAACCUCCUCGUAAGAAGAAGCCAAAAGCAGAAGAAGGACAGCAGUCUGCUGAUGGUCUGUGUGGUCUGGAUUCACUGCCUCAUGGAAUGGAGGAAGUAGAGAUGCAAGGGCUGGGUAGUGAUCAAGGGUCUGGCAUUGACUCAAACUCUAAACUUUCUGAAUUUGCUAAUCGACAAGGUCCGCCUGCUCAGUCUGGAGAUCAAAGAGUAUUACAGCAAAUACCAAUGCAGUUUAUGCCCCCACAACAGCAGCAACAGAUGCAGCAAAUGCAGCAGCAGCAGCAGUUACAACAACAACAGCAGCAGCAGCAGCAGCAGCAGCAACAAAUGCAGCAACAGCAGUUGCAACAACAGCAUCAACAGAUCCAGCAGCAGCAAAUGCAACAGCAACAAAUGCAGAUGCAGAGUAUGCAGGGUCCUCAAGGUCAAGCUGGAACAUCACAAGGAGCCCAUCAUGUCCAGACCCAGAUUCAUUCACAGCAGUCAAUGCAGAUGCAACAACAACAACAGCCACCACCACAACACCUCCAACAACAACUGCAGUCACAGCCACAACAGCAGCAACAACAACAACAGGCGCAGCAGCAGCAGCAGCAGCAACAACAGCAGCAACAACAACAACAACAUCAGCAGCAGCAACAACAACAACAGAUGAUGAUGAUGCUUAAAAUGCAACAAGAAGCUAAGAAUCGAAUGCCACUACAGCAAGGUGGGCACAUGCCAAAGGGUUUAGUCAAUCCUAAUGAUCCAUCUCAGAGAAUGCCUGUCUCACAGCCAAGCAACAUGCCAGUAAUGAUUGAUCUUCAAGGGCAUGGAGGUGUCCCACCUUCUCCUGAUAAAGCCAGAGGAAUGCCACUAAUGGUAAAUCAACCUCUGACUGGACCAGCAAGAAGGACGCCCCAUUCAGAGGUUGGACAACCAACACCACCAGAGGAAACCCCUGGAAACCAUAGCAUGCAGGACCGGGGACCCCUCGAAAUGGGUCAGCAGUCAGGAAAUGGAAAUCAGCAAAUGAUUCCCAAUCAAGGUCCUAAUACUCAUUUAAUGAAAUCUGUGCCUUUAUCAGUGCCCCACCAGCCAGGAGCAAGUCCACAACAGCAGCCCCAGCAAGUGGCAGCAAUGGCUGGCUCACAUAAUAUUCACUUUUCAAGCGCUCCCACAACUUCCCAGAGUUCCCGCCCUAAAACCCCCAACCGAGCCAGUCCCCGACCAUAUCACCACCCUUUAACCCCUACCAACCGUCCGCCUAGUACUGAACCCUCUGAAAUAAAUCUGUCCCCUGAGAGACUGAAUGCCUCUAUCGCUGGUCUUUUCCCUCCAAAAAUUAACAUUCCGUUGCCACCGCGGCAACCAAAUCUUAAUCGGGGCUUUGAUCAGCAAGGUCUUAACCCAACCACACUUAAAGCAAUUGGCCAGGCUCCACCCAACUUAGCAAAUCUUCCUGUCAACAAUAAUACCAGUGGCAACAAUAAUGGCCCACCGACUUAUCCAUCAGGUGGUGGCAUGGUAAGCACCGGAGGAAAACAAGACAAACAGACCGGUGUUGGGCAAGCUAAAAGAGCUAGUCCCAGUAACAGUCGACGAUCUAGCCCUGCGUCAAAUAGAAAAGCUGCCACUCCAAGCCCAGGAAGACAGAAGGGUGCCAAAACUUCACUAACAUCACCUCCACAUCCGCAGCAAAUGAUGGUUAGUCCACAGAACGUGAUGGUUAGUCCCAGCUCGGUGCUCCCAACUACCUCUGCAUCUUUGCCAUCAGCAGGACCUGGAGAAUCACAACAGAGUUUCAGUUCUUUGCAAACCUUACCUGGUAGUGCGGAUACAGUUAGAGAUGGCCAAGUAGUGACUACACAACCAGAGCAGCAUCAGGCAAUUCAGUUCAGAGAGCAGUCUGCUCCUAAAAUGGCAAGCCCUCGGGUGCCGCCUCAGGAACCCAAACGGCAAGAGCCUAGCAAUUUGGUUGAAGAUAAACAACAACCUCGGACAAUGCCACAACAUGACCUUGGCUCUGCUGUAUCACCAGCAUUUAGAGAUGCUCCAACAUCUCUGAAUCAGCUCUUGGACAAUGCAGGCAACCCCUCUUUGUCAAUGAAAUCUCAAAAUAUUCCUCAAGUGGGUGGAGAACCUGUGCAGAAAGACGGCCCUCAUGCUCAACCAGCUCAGGAGAACCAAUCCAAUCCUGUUGUCUCGCAGAGCACAAAUAUUGGCACAUCUUUGUCUACAAGUGAAGCUGAUCAGAAGCCUAAAUCUGCUUCAGUAUCAAGUCCAAAUCUUGUAGCCAGUAGCAAUGCAAACCUGCAGUCCGUCAGUGCUGUAUCUAGUGUUAGUUCAAAUCAAACUGUGCUCUUAAGUCUCACUUCAAUUCCCAACCCUUCAGCAAGUUCAAAUCACAAUCUUAUACCCAUCUCAAAUGCAUCUCAAACAGUCUUGCAAAGGCCCAUCUCAUCAGCACCAACUCCACAAAAUCAGAUCACAGUCUUUGUAACCUCUAAUCCCAUUAGCUCUGCUACCAACACAGCUUCUGUGGUUCCUCCUGCUGUUGUAUCCAAGGUACUGGCAAUGCCCAAUAAAAACAUAAGACCACCUGAUGUUCGGCAACAAAAUCCCACUCAAACGCGUCCACAGUUCAUCACAGGACCUGUGUAUUCAAUAUUUCAAGCUACGUCUGUACCGUCAAGCACUAACGUCAUGUCCCAACCUGUCACUAUGGUUGGUCCCAUAGUCUCUGCAAACAUCCAGCUUACUCCUACCCCAGUGUCAACUACAGCACCACCCUCUGCACCCACAUCAACAUCUAUGCCGGCAAACUCACCUGCUGUCAGCAUAGCUGCUACUCAGCAGAGCCGUGCUGUCAUUGGACAGCUACAAGUUCAAGUACCUGCAAGUCAGGCUUCCCCUGUAAAUGUAGUAGCACCACCUCAACAGCCAAGCUCUGGAGUUCCAAAACAGGACAGUGCCUCUGAUACUAGUGGCCCGAAAUCUAGUCCUGUAGGGCAGUCGGCCUUGCAUUCUGGGAUGUCCUCGCCCUUUCAGCACCUACUAGCUUCUCCACCUGCUUGCUCUAGCCCAGGGGCUACAGCCGUUGCCCGCAGAAGUCCCCUAUCUCCGAUAACAGUGUUAGCCAAAAGCAGUCCAGUCCAGACUGUUGUAAGCAAACAAACCACACCCAGCAUCUCUUCGAGCAGUUCCGAAGAUAAAAAAGAGCGAACCCCUGUCACUCAGAUAGGAAAGAAUCUGGAUGUUGCCACAACUCAAGCUUCUUGUCCGGUUACAUCUGCAACGGUAUCCGCACUCCAUCCUACUGCUCCAGUGACUGUUCCAACUGCUCAAAAUGCGUCUCAGCAAUCUGCACUUCCUCCAAAAGUGUCUUCUUCUGAACCUGUGCCCACUCCUUCUCCAGUCCCUACUUCUACGCCGUCGUCUAAUAUGCCACCCCCAACCUCUGUUCCUGGAAUGGUGCACCUGUCUAGUCCUGUUCCUACUUCUUCACCAUCCUCUAGUUUGCCUGCAGUUUCAGUUUCUGCAUCCGCUGCUGCUCAAGGAGUUCCCACUACAACCUCCGGCUCCUGCACAGCAACAUCCUCACAACUCUCUGGGGAACAGCAGCCUUCUUCAUUGGCAGAGACCAGUGUACCAAUCUCCACUGAAACAAAAGAAGCAGUUCUUGAUGCUCCUAGCAUCCCAGCUAAUCCUGAGGCUCCACAAGAAGACCAAGCUUCAUGCGAGCAAGCUGGACAAGGGGUGACCACUGCAGCAGAGCAAGGAUGGGCAAAGAAAAGAAAGACGCCCGUCAACUUAGCCCCAAGGGAUACAAGGGCCACCACUGAGAAAGCAAAAGGUCCUAGUAGACGAAGCUCGCGAACAGACAAGGAACCUGAGGAGGAAGCAUCCGACAAUGGACAGAGAAAAAGAGCUGCUCGGCCCGGCUCAGCCUCAUCGAACACAGGAAAAGACUCAAACACUGGAGCCAGUCCCACCCAGGCAAAACGAAGGAAGUCAAAGUAAUAAUGACACAUGAAUAAACCUGUGAAUUGUACAUUAUUUUUUGUCGUUUUCUGAACUUGUUUUAUCUGCUGUUUUUCCUUUUGUUCCAAGCAAGAUAACCAUGUACAGAACGUUUUUUUCUUUCUUUCUUUUUUUUUAAUCAUGAUACUGUAUUUUGUCUCUGGCUACUAGAUGAGAUCACCUUUAGAAUUGUGUAUGAUGUGUUUGUUUGUCAUUGUUUUGGUGUGACUUUUUUUAUUAUUAUUAUUAUUAUUAAUAUUGAUCAAUUCUGGAUUAAUCAUGUGAUGCAGACUGAGAAGAGAAUCAGGUCUGUAGUAUCACAAAUAUUAUAAUGUGACAGAAUCAGAAUUUGUACUUUCCACCCCCUUGUCUUAUAUCUUUAAUUAACUGUGCAUUUCAGUACUGUCAGCACCUGUGUUCACCCAUUUAGCCCCCGGAUCACAUGCAUUAAACUAUUUUUACAAGUGUA